AUGCUAUGCUGCAUGCCCGCCUUCCCGCCAUUCGACCCGUACUCGGACCCGACGUCGCUCGCCCAGCGGUGGACGAAAUGGCAAACCCGUUUUGACAACUUUCUACUAGCAGCAAACAUACAGAAUGUAGCCCGCAAACACGCUAUGCUGCUACACUACGCAGGAUACGCGGUGCACGACAUUUUUCUGACGCUUCCGGAUCGAGGCACGGACUAUGGAACGGCAGUCGCGAAGCUGAACGCACAUUUCGCACCAAGAAAGAGCGUAGUCUACGAGAGGCAUGUUUUUCGUCAAGCAAAACAAAGCUCCCAAGAAACAGUGGACCAAUUUCAAGUCAGACUAAGAAAGUUGGCUGCGACAUGCGAGUUUGCGAACGAAGAACAAGAAAUCGUAUCGCAAAUGAUAGAAGGCACCAAUUCAGCUAAGCUGUGCCGCAGUGCACUACGAGAGCGCAAUGUCACGCUGGAGAAACUCAUGGAAGUAUGCCGCAGCCUCGAGACAGCAGAGUUUCAAGCGACCAGCAUGGAAGGCCGCGAGCGCGUCAAACUUGUGCAGAAAGUCACAAAGAAGCAGUGGCGUCGCAAUGCGUCUUCGAGCAACCAGUCAGAACACACGCUGUCGAGCAAUCGUCCAGAGAACAAGCAAGCUGCGAAGUGCAGCUGUUGUGGAGGAGCGUGGCCUCACAAAGAAGGGAAAUUGCGCUGUCCAGCAUGGGGAGCUACAUGCCACAAGUGUCAAAAGAAAAACCACUUCGCCAAGUUCUGCAGACAAAGACCUACUGUACACUCCAUUGACGUCACGGGCACCCCCGCAAGCACUCACCUGGACAGAAGCGUGGAGGAUUGCGUCUUUCACGUGCAGAGUCACAGGCAAGAAUUACCAGUGGUAACAGUCAAAAUCAACGACACACCACUUGAGUUUUGUGUAGACUCUCGAGCAGGUGUCAACGUCAUCGGAGAGGCGUGGCAAAAGCACCUACAGACGAUGCAGCUAGAGCACACAACCACAAAGCUGGUACCAUAUGGAAUCACCCAAGAAAUCUCAGUCAUGGGAAAGUUCUCUGCAACAUUCCGUGCCCUAGACCAAGUCAUCGAAGUGACAGUAUACAUCGUAAAAGGGACACAUCGAUCGCUUCUGAGCUACAAGACAGCUUCUGAUCUCAAGCUCAUCAGAAUACUUCAGCUGGUCACAGAACACAGUAGUGUUGACGCGAAGAAAGAGUUUCCAAAGUUGUUUGGCAAGGUCGGUCGGCUCAAGAACUUUCAAGUCAAGCUGAACAUGUCACAAGACGUCCAACCAGUCGUGCGACAACACCGUCGAAUUCCUUUCCACAUGAGAAAAGCGCUGGAGACCGAGCUCACACGCCUGGAGGAGCUAGACAUCAUAGAGAUAGUAACCGGACCAACACCUUGGGUGUCACCGAUCGUCAUUCUUCCCAAACGCCAUGAUCCCAACGAAGUCAGAAUGUGUGUCGACAUGCGAGAAGCCAACGUGGCCAUUGCUAGAGAAAGACACGUCAUGCCCACAGUAGAAGAUGUUAUCAGCAUUCUGAACGGAGCCGCCUACUUUUCAAAGUUGGACCUGAAAGAGGACUACCAUCAGCUCGAGCUUGCUGAAGAAUCCAGGGUGAUAACGACGUUCUCUACACACUGUGGUCUGAGGAGAUACAAAAGACUAUUGUUUGGUGUCAAUGCCGCCGCAGAGAUUUUUCAAGACGCCAUAAGGCAAGUACUUCCGGAUGAGGACGGAAUCAUCAAUGUCAGUGACGACAUCCUCAUCUCUGGACGCACCAUAACAGAGCACGACCGAAGACUACGUCUGGUGUUGAAGCACCUGGAAGAUGCCGGGCUGACUCUGAAUGAAAACAAGUGUGUCCUAGGCACUAACAAGCUGAAAUUCUUUGGACACGUGUUUUCAUCUGCAGGAGUCAGUGUGGACCCAGAAAAGGUUAAAGCAGUAGCCAGAAUGACAGCACCAAAAACCCCAACCGAGGUUAGAAGCCUCCUCGGCAUGGUUCAUUCCUCGCUAGAUUCAUUCCUCGCUUAG